CUGGCAACAUCAUUCAUUGCAAAAUUUCCCAGAAGUGUAGAGGAUCCGGUGGUUGGGAGGAAGAAAGGUGGGGAGUGACCGGGUUCAAAGAGGAGGGAACAGAGUGACAUCCCAGGGUUACAUAAACUCUCAGAGGCUGCCGAAGAGUAAGGACCGACAGGUUUGUGGAGCCUGGAAGCCAGCGAGGGCCGCUGUAGAGGAAAGAAGCCACAGCCCAUCCGAGACCAGUCGGGGAGGCAGCGGCUCUGAGGACCUACAGACCAUGGUGUGCCUGCUGCUGCUGCUGCUGCCACUGCUGCGUGUGUCUGCAGCCACACCAGAGCCCUGCGAGCUGGACGAGCUGGACGAAGAUGAUUUCCGCUGCGUCUGCAACUUCACCGAUCCGAAGCCUGACUGGUCUAGCGCCUUGCAGUGUUUUGGUGCCGUCGAGGUGGAGAUCGGCGGCGGCGGCCGCAGCCUGGAACAAUUUCUAAAGAGCGCCGACGUCGACUCGAAGCAGUAUGCUGACAUGAUCAGGGCUCUGCGCUUGCAGCGUCUCACGUUGGGCGCUGCACAGGUUCCAGCUCAGCUUCUGGUCGCCUUUCUGCGUGCGCUCGUGUACUCCCGCCUCAAGGAACUGACGCUUGAGGACCUGGAGGUAACCGGCCCGAUGCCGCCGCCAACGCCGCCUCAGGAAGCCACUGGGCCUGCGCUCUCCACCCUCAGUCUCCGUAAUGUGUCGUGGGCAACAGGAGGUGCCUGGCUCGGGGAACUGCAGCAGUGGCUCAAGCCGGGUCUCAGGGUACUGAAAAUCGCGCAAGCACACUCGCUUGCCUUUCCCUGCGCACAGCUCCCCGCCUUCCCGGCCCUCACCACCCUGGACCUGUCUGACAAUCCUGGACUCGGCGAGCGCGGGCUGACUGCGGCUCUCUGUCCGCACAAGUUCCCGGCCGUCCAAGAUCUAGCGCUACGCAACGCGGGGAUGGAGACACCCAGUGGCGUGUGCACGGCGCUGGCGGCAGCGAGUGUGCAAGCCCAUAGCCUAGACCUCAGCCACAACUCGCUGCGUGCCACCGCCCCGGGCGCUACCGGGUGUGUCUGGCCCAGUGCACUGAGCUCUCUCAAUUUGUCGUUCGCUGGGCUGGAGCAAGUGCCUAAAGGACUGCCGCCCAAGCUCAGCGUGCUUGAUCUCAGCUGCAACAGGCUAAGCAGGGCGCCGCGGCCAGAUGAGCUGCCCGAGGUAAAUAACCUGAUACUGAACGGGAAUCCCUUUAUGGACCCUGAAGCCCUCAAGCACCAAGAAGACCCGAUGAGCUCUGGCGUGGUCCCAGUCUGUGCGAGUUCCGCCUUGACCAUGGGGGUGUCAGGAAUCCUGGCGCUGCUUCAAGGAGCCCGGGACUUCGCCUAAGGCCCAGGGGAGAAGGGGGAGAGGAAUGAAUUGGCUCAGAUUGUCCUGGCUCCGGGGAAGCCUCAUCUGGACAUCUCAAGCAACUAACCAUUUGCUUCAUUUUCAUUAAAAUCUUAAACAUUGGGUCCAUGUCAUUCACUCAACAGUUGUUUACUGGGCACAUUGCUGGAUAACGAAUCCAGUAUACUUAAACUUUCUUCAUCCUAACUCCCUAGAAACCAUACCUGCCCUUCCUUAGGGCAGGGGCAGAAGGGGCAAGGAAAAGUUGCCUGUCUGGGGCUGUGUGGGAGAACCAAGGGAGAACAAGGGAGAACCUGUGCAAUGCCGGCUUUCUGAACAGAUUACUGGCACCUGUGUCAAAGGAUGUUUGAAUGGUAAAACAUGCCUAGGAGGAUACAGAAUGUUUCCUCUCUGGUGCAUUUUCCAAGGGCCAGCUGCUCCCUUUCCAACGUAAUAACACCCAGAGCUACUUGCUUAUUCUCACUCUCUUUUUUUCCCUUCAACCCCCAGUGAAGAGAGACAGCUAUGCCAUUUGUUCUACAUACGCUCUGAGUUUUAUAAUUUGAGGGUUCCUCACCUGUAGUGUACAGUCCCUCCGUACACUGUGUCAUGUAAUGGGGAGUUUGGGGAUGGGGAACUGAUGCAAAAUGCUGUCAUUUAACAGUCUGUCUCUGAACCAGAGAUCUUGUGAUUAUGUUAGUAUAUGUGUGUAUAAUUGUCCUUUGAUUUGCAAACAAGAUAACAUCUUAGACCCCUGUACAGGGCAAUUAACAGUAUAUGUCCUCUGAACCACAUUAUCUCAGAGACCGAGAAUGUCAGUUAAUAGGUACUAUUCCUUCUAAGGGUCCCUUCAUUACAUCAAGGAGGCAGCCACACCCAUCAGAGAUCUAGGUAUCUGACUCAAGGGGGACCUCAAGAGGAGUGGGAGAAGGCGUGUAAACAUAGCCCUCCAGCCUGCCUCCCUCCAGUGUCCAGAACCACACAGAUAGGAAUGGAAAAUGCAAAUUACAUUGAUGGGAAAGUUAUACAGGUCAUCAGACCACAGACUCAAAGAAUCACAGGGACAGCUAAAUAAACUGCCACACUGACUCCAUUUUGUCAGCUCCAUCUUAGGCCCACAGUCCUGCUGCCUCCCCUUUCUGCACAACUUGAGCUUUAGUCUGUUCACAAGGCGUGCACCCAAGCCAGAUAACUUUCCUAACAACUUUUACUCUUGCCUUCAACUGAUAUGAAAACUGGAAGAAUGCCUUUUGCUGACAUAGAUGGUUAAUGAUCAUGAGAUCCCCAGGGAGGAAAAAGCCCUGGUUCCUUUGAAUGCAGAUAUGUGUCUUACUUGGUAGUCAAAUUCUGUUUUUAGCUUUGGCUCCUAUGAACCCUAGGUGUCCCCUUCGCAGAGUGCAGCUGUGAAGGCCUCUGGAUCCUAACUAUAUGUAAGUUCACAAUAUCCGAAUUAUGUAAGUAAUAUGGCUGUAUGUCAGUACCCACAAUAAACUUCAAA